UCAUAUAAUUGUGAGAGAGAGAGACUGGUCUAUAAAAAGAGUCGACAUGUUUGCGUUCCUUGGAAAACAAAGGCACAUCAGGGUCGCCCAGCUGUCGAGUUUCUGAGCUAGCAGAAAUGGGCGCGAGCUGAUCUCACCGCACAACAUGCAAGCAGCACUGCCACUUCUAUCUCUCUGCCUCCCAUCCCCUCACCUCACCCCCAGCCUGCCGGUUGCGGCCAAGAUCGCUCGUGCAGUCGUCGUGUAAACAACCUUAGAGUGCGCCGCCGCCACUGCGCGCACGUUCACAUGGGACUUCCGGGGCCAGCGCUGUCAGCUGUUGCAGCGUGUGUGCUUGGCUUUGCAAACAUCAUCGUCGGAGGUUGAAGUGCCUCGCGCGCUAGUCUAGCUAACAGCUGUAUGUCAGAUCUGUUUUGGGAUCGCAGACGCGCCUCCCUUUCUCUUGUCGCCUGCUUCCCUGCUCGCUCUUCACGCGAAUUCUCGCAAUGUCUCGCAGCGUCCAUGUUGUGUGUUUGACUUGCACAGGGCUCUGCCACUCAACAUAAUCAAGUGUCAAGAUCUUAAUUCGCUGCUCUUCCCAAACAUGUCUUCUCCAGGCUGCGGUCUUGCGAAUGCACUAGCUAGCGGUGCACGCGGCCGGAUCAAAGAAGAGCGAGCGCGUGCAGCAGUCUCCGCGCUGUCGCCGGUUAGCUGCCGGAAAUUGGCCGGGUCUCAGGCCGUCGGAGCGCUCUGACAAAAUUAGUGUGACAGCGUUUGACGUCAAGCGACCUUAAAAAACGAAAAGAAAACCAAGAAGUUAUGCCGCCAGGAAAUGUUUUUGUCAACUACUCCAUGUUUUGCAUUGAGUAAAAAAGAAAAGCAGAAGCUAUGCCGCCAGAAAAUGUUUAAUGAACUUCUCCAUGUUUUGCAUUGAGUAUCGUCAUCGCUACAUUCACAUAAAUAAAAAAAAACAACACUUCGCCCAAGCAGAUCUGUCAACUCAUGAACUGUUCAGGCGCUGUGUAAUCCAACACAUAUUGUCGCUAACUUAUGCAAAAAAAAAAAAAAAAAAAAAAAUCAUUACAAUACCAAGGUUUGCACCACUGCUGUCUCCUAUUCCCUUUCCAUGCCUUAAGGUGCUCAUAAAUUUUUUCUCCGGUGAAGGUGCCCACAGGGUACCUUUAUGUACGAGAAGGGAAAUACAAUACACUUAAUAUUUUUUUUAAUGACAAAAAUUACCACUGCGGACAACUUGGCACAUUCAUGGAAAGGAUAUUAUACAGAAGUAAGCUGAUUAUCUUGGCAGAGAGCCAAGAUAGCGUUUUAGCCUUUGGUUUGUUCAAACAUUAAAAAGGGCAAGAAAGCGACCCACAGUAACCGUCUUCUUACACUCCAGUUUAUCAACAGAAACGCAGUGAAGCUUGCGGGUUGAUAUUUUCUUUGAAUAGGAGAUUGACCGAAUAUGGCUGUCCAGCUCCUUUCUGAAUCCAGACAUAAGAAAGCCGCUGGUUUUAUGUGUGCAAGACAUCCGCAUACAGACCACAGGACAUGUACAACAGCAUGCCGAAACAGACCAGAUUGGUCCAAGAGGAGAGAACUCUAUGGGCAGCACAGGAGGGGGCACAGAUCGGCUGCAGAAUAUUCUUGUCAAAGGGCUUUUUAUUGGACAGUUCUUUGGAGUGAGGAUCCAGAAUUUGACGGUGGUUCUCCUGAAGUCAAUGAUUCCAGACAGCCUUGUUCAUGUAACUGCAGGAGAAAUACUUCUGGACAUCACAAUUUAUAAUGAAAAUUACGUCAUGAAGACCAACCUCAGCUCUGUUCUUUUCAAGGCUUUGAGAAGUGCACCAGGGGAAGCUGAUGCUCAGAAUUGCCUGGCAGAGUUGUCUGUCACAUUACAAAUGGAGGCAAGAUCUGACACUACCAAACCUCUUCAGUUAACAACUCUGAAGUGGCAAGUUCUAAAGCCACAGAUGAUGCUGACAGAAGGUUUUCUUCAAAACUUACCCAAGUCUCGAUCUUCAGCAGCUGAAGUAGAGAGCAGCGUUCAAGACAUUGAUGAUGACGAGCUAUUUCGCACUGUGGAUGGACCAGGCAUAUCAGGAAAGCUUGCCAUACUGGGUCAAUUGAGAGCUUUCAGUUUCGAAAUCUUGGACUUGGAUGUGAAAAUUGUGAGAGAAACAAAGCAGAGAAGUCUUGCAGUGUCUUUGAAACAGUUCCAGGUGUGUCUUACCAGUUCCUUGACAGCUCAUCAUCUGCUUGAUUUUAGCUUUACUUUGUUAUUGGAGGAAUUCCUAACAAAAUCCCCCCAAGCACAGUUUGCAGAACUUAGUAAGAUCAGAAUAAAAACAGAGAGAUUCUGCUCUUUUAACUCCAUUGUGGAAGACAAUGUUGCCUGUUUACAAAAUCUCAUGCAGUCUUUCGGACUGUCUUCUAUAAGAGAUACUGUUGAGAUGACAGUGAAGAUCUACAAUGGUUUUUUCCAUUAUCACCAUGAAGAAGUGCAGUAUUGGUCAGCUGUGUUCUGGCGAGUUUCUAAAAGGGACAACCCUCCUGCUGUUGUCAGGCAAAGAUCACCAGAAAAGCUUUUCAUCAAAAGUUCUCCAUGGUUAGCUUGGCUACAUGAGCGAAAAACCAAUGUCAUUCUCGACAUGACACAACUGUCAUCUGCCAUCUCUUCAGCUGCCUGCACAGGCUUGCAUUUGCAGCUUUCGCAAGCCAGGAUAUCAGCUUCUCUGAAGGCUGCACUAGGAGUUGAAAACCCAAGUACACUGGCUACAGCCUUUGAUAUCAGUUUGGAAAUUGAGGUACAGACUGUUUGGUGCUGCCACCUGGAGGCUAAAAUUCCAGAAGAGGAGGUCAUUAGCCCAGUGCAUCAUUGGGAUCAUGUCCUAUAUCUAGCUUUGCUUAUUUUGAAGGUUCAGAAACUUGGCCAUGAAGUGCGGAUGGAAGCUUUGGAAAAUAAUCUCAGCUUAGAAUGGUCAACAAAGACAUAUGAAGUUCUGUCACAGCUUAUUACUGCUGUUAGUCGCCCUCGAUCCUCAGCAUCCCAGUUUAAUGAAUCCAUACCGCUUGUUCUAAACUCGACUUUGGACAGAACACUAUUGUUAGAGUCAUCAGGUGUGCAGUCAGGAGCUAACGACCAGGUGAUGGUGGCCAGGGAACAAAACCUGGUAGAGGAGGAGAGGGGGAAGCCAUUGCCGUCUAAUAUUGCUAGUCCUAUGUGGCAUGUCUCGCUCAUGCUUGAUGUCUCCGACAUCAAUUUGUUCAUCUGUGAUAGUGCUGGAGUAUGCACAUUACUUCAUGUGAAAAGCAUUGCUGUCCAGCAUAUGCCCUACCAGUCUUCACUCUCCCUGGAUGUCUUCCGAAUCUUGUACUUGAAGUAUAGUGGCAAGUCUCUGUCUAUGCAUCGAGUGAAUGAAGCUUCUUCGGUGUUACAUAUUCAUGAAGUCAAGGCCAGUUACACAGAAGGCAAAAGGGAGUUGCGAAUCCAUAUUCUGCAAGAGUUAACGUUCAAAUGGACAAUGAGUGCCCAUAUGUGUGUACUGCAAGGAGUGCAGAAUAUGGUGGCUGUGGUAGACAAAGCACACCCAUCUCAAAAGGAUAAGCUUGGGAUUAGUGCACCAAAAAAGAUGUCAGCAACCGAGCAUCAAAGACAUUUCACAAUCAAUGUUCUUGUUCAUGCAGACAUUCACUUGUCUGCUCAGCUGUCGAGGAACCACAGGUUAUCGUUACACACACACAGUCUUCUGGUCACAGCAACGUUGCCAGAUAUUGUCAUGGAAGUGCGCAACUUUACUGUCAAAUGUGAUGGGAACAACAUCUUGUCAGUGCAAGCAUUUCAGUUGGAGACACUUUCCUUUGGUCACCUACAGCAUGAGAGAGAAGGUUUUGAAAACCUGAGUCAGUCAGUCAACAGAGGCUGGGGAUUGUCCUGUGAGAGUUUUGAUAUCAUUUUCCCUUACAAGUACAACUUUGCAGCUUGCUAUGAAGAGAUCAUGAACACUGUCAAGUGGCUGAAACUUGUCCACAAGAUCAAAAAGAAGCCAUUCACUGUGGACAGCCCCCUUCCACCUGACAUUAAGAUCAAGGCCAAGAUGUUGUCCAUUGAGGUAUGCGAUGAUCCUUUUGAAGUGAAGAUUGGUCUGAAUUAUGAGCUUCUGAAGGAUGAAGUGAUGGAAAGUAAGAAGAGAACAGAAGUGAUGGACACCAAACUGGAGCAACUCCUGAGGACUAAAAAUAUCCCUGUUUCCAAAAGAGAAGAACUCUAUGCUUCGCUGUACAAGAAGAGUUCAGAGAUCUACAUUCAACGUUCCCGCCAGCUGUACAGCAAUGGACCAAUCAGAAAGCAGCUUCUAACAUGGCUGAUGGAAGACCUUGAAAUUGUGGCCUUGGCAGAUAUAUCCUACCAUGGUCGAGAAAAUGUCAUUAAAGUUAUGAAAGAGAUAGACAGGGACAGCCCAGGACCCACAGAUGACAUGGAUUUUGUAACAUUAUGGUGUCGGUCUAUCAAGUUUAGUGUAAAACACUGGUCUGUAUCACUUCGUGAUUUUCCACAACCCAUGAUUGACAUCACCAAUAUGCAUAUGUGGGGGCGACUUGUUGGAGCUGAGCGAGAGGGCACCAGGAGAGCCAAGCGAACAUGCACACUUGAACUUGACUCACCGUGGGGCAACAUGCAAGUGGAAAGGAACCUGCCAGCUUUGAAAUUUUUCCAUGAUUUCAGCAGUGACGUCACAUCGUUAACUCUGGCCUAUGGUGUAUGUUGGGAACCGGCUGUGGCGCUUUUCAACCUGUCUAUGGAUCUCAUCAGCAGGCCAUCAGUCGACCCCAGCAAACCUCUCCCUUUUUGGGAUAAGAUGCGUUUGCUUCUUCAUGGUCGACUCACCAUGGCUGUGGAACGCAAUAGUUGGCUGUAUCAUGCUUCACUGGAUCCAUACAAUAAUACUGAGCUGAUGGACUGGACGUGGUCACAUCUUGUGCUGGACUGGACUAAUGGCCAAUUUGUUUUGAAAGGAGACUUGGACAUUUCUCUUCGAACAGCUUCCAAAUACAAUGAAAGCAAGCUGCUUCAUCUCCCAAAUCUCCGGUUUUGUGUAGGUCUGGAAUGGCUGUGCCUUGGAGAUGCAAACGACCAUCACUCUGUCAUGCCAUGUGCACCAGAUAAAGUGCCUGACUUCUCCCUAGAGGAGCAUGACUCAUUUCGUGCCUUUCGAUCUCAACAUCUGAACCUAGAUCUCAGCCUGAAGACAAAGCCCGUACCAGCAAAUGCCAGUGAUGUUCCAUCAGCUCCUGAGUUCUAUGCUAGCUCUCUACGUUUCUUGGAAAAAAUCAAGCAAUGCAUGUUUAGUGUAACCCGACCAGUACGUCGUGGAAAUCUGUUUGGAAUUACUUCUGUACGCAAACCUCAGCUUACCAGGCAUUACAGAAAGAUCCGCAUUUCUGUUGACUUCCACCGCUUUAUCAUUUGUCACUGGAUGUCCAAUGCAAAAAAACAUGGAGCAGAACUGGUUGCAGACUCUUUUGCUUUGCGAAUGUGCAAUCGCCUGACACUGGUUCCUAUUGAAGAUGGCUUGCUUCAUCGUCCUCGUGCUGAUUGGAGCAUUAAAUAUCUGAACUGCUGUUUGGGAACAACCCAGAUCUUCUUGUGUCAAGAGUCCAGACCAAAUGAGUCCAGUUCAUCUUCAGGAGUGCCAGUUGAUCGAAGCUUUUUUCUCAGUGUCUUAAAGAUCUCCUACCAAAGAGCUGACAGCCGUAAAGCUAAACCAGGGAUAGAAAUUGACCCAGAACAGGCCCACAAGACCCCAAGACACAGUAUAGCUAUUCACGAGAUGCGUGGAGCCUGGAAUGAGGCCAACCGUGCAGUAGUGUUGGGACUUUAUGACAGCUACAUGAAAGCACAAGCACUUCGACGGAACUUGUCUUCUGAAGUCCUGAAAGGGUUCAAGGUGGACAAUGCUCAGAGCAAUGCAAUGAAAAACCGCUCGUUCUCCCUGAACAGUCCAGAAAAUGAGUCCAGCUCUGACCCAACAUCACCAAGUCCACUCAGCAAACUGCAGACUGGCCACGCCCACUCCAUGCUUUUGAAGCUGAUGUCAGAAUCUGACAGCAAAUCUGUUGCCUUCACAGAUGAGACUUCUAAUACUAACAUGGAGCUGUUGCAUGGGGUCAAAGCCUGUCGACCAAUCAACAUCCUCUCCACUAGCUGGCUGAUUGAACUUCACAACAGUCAGGUGAUAGUAAAAGGCUGUGAAACGCCAGGCUUUCUUAUCAUCAGUGCUGCCAGGGCAAAGGUCAUUUCAUAUAUCCACAUGCCCAUCUGGCGAUCCAGUCAGCUUCGCAGCAAGUCCACCUGGACUGGCACUGUGGAUUGCAUGCAGUAUUAUGCAACUGUUGAUCCUGACUAUGUUCUGAAUGAUGAUACCAUCCCCUGGUUGUCACGUGAGAAUGUGGAGGACAGGUCAACCACAAGCUUGACUGGCCUGCCAGAGAUGGUCAGCAGUGGUCAGAGUGUGGGUAGCGUGGUGUCCAGCACUGUACCUGCCGCCAUGUCUACUUCAGCAGAGCAGAAGAAUCCCUCAGGUGAGCAAACUGUGCAGCUACAGCGCAUUAUCCACAGGUGCAGCUGCAAGUUUUAUUAUGCCAACUAUGGAGAUGUGGACCCUAACUCAUUUUUGGAUCUACCUUUGCCUCCAACAGAGGACUGGGAUGUGAUGACUGAAGAAGAGGGUGUGGACACCUUUACGUUACUGCAUGAGAGCCUGCAUGCGUAUUCCAACUCUGUGCAGUAUUCUGUCAUCAUGGAUAUUGUCAACAAUCUUCUUUUGUACGUAGAACCAAAGAAAAAAGAGGCCAGCGAAAAGCUUCAGAGCAUGAGGUUUAAGUUACAGCUGUCGCGUGAAGACCAGAAAACUCCAAUACUCCAGCUCCAAGAGAUAGUCAGGGAGCGUGUACAAGACUUGAGAAAACUGGAACGAGACUUUUAUGUUGCCAAAAUGAAUAGUGAGGAAGAACGGAUGGAGGAUUUAGAAGUUCAAAUGGAGGAUGUGAAAAACUGGAUUAACACCAAGAACGAGGAGCUUUCCAUGAGGAUAAGCUGCUUCAAUGAGAGCCAGCUGCAGAUGAAGGCCCAGAUGAAGGUUGAAAAAGCUCAACAAGCCCAAGUAGCACGGCGCAAUGAAGUUUGUUUCAAAUAUGCCAAAUGGCGUCUGACAGAGAGGGAUGGGCAUUGUGGGAUUGCUGAAACAGAGCUCCGGAACUUUGUAUACACUAAAGCAAACAGGGAUGACAACACGUGGACACAUCAGUUGGAACUUGGCUGGCUGAAAAUGGAGAAUCUUCUGAGAGACAGUUUCUACCAGAAAGUAUUGAUGCCCCGAGACCCACUUGAUCAGGAUGGGGAGAACAGGCAAAUGUUGUUGAGGAUAUUUUGCAGUGAGCGCCCUCCAGUGGGAGGCAUCUCAGUGAAGGAACAUUUCGAGGUGAAUGUAGCUCCCAUACAGAUCCAAAUGACAUACCAGCUGUACAAAGCGGUCAUGCAGUAUUUCUUUCCUGAUAAGAACAUCGAGGUGGACGAUGAUGAGGAGAUGGAAGGUGGAAAGAAAAAAGGGGAAAAAAAAUCUUCGAAGAAAGAAAAAGAAAAGGAAACACAGCCAUCUCUGAAGAAGACACACUCCUUCAGCAGUGCUGAUGACAUCAACAAAAUGAGGGAGAGAGCUGCUAAAAACAACACGUUUCUGUACCUCAAAAUCCCAGAGGUGUAUGCAAGGGUUAGUUACAAGGGAGAGAAAGAGAAGAACAUUGAAGACGUUCAUGACUUCAAUUUUGUCUUCCCAACUAUCGAGUACCACAACUGCAUUUGGACUUGGUUCGACUUUUUCAUUGUCUUGAAAAAUGUAGCCAAGCGAGUGGUACUCUCUCAGGCCAUCAAACAGAAGCUGCACAUGAGGCCACGGCUGACUGAUGAGACUCCCGUGACAGAUGUCCAGGAGGAGCAGGACAAAGCCAAGAUGCUACUUGGUGCAAAGUUGCUGUAUGGUCAAGACAAGCCAUCCAAAAAAGGUUUUUUCACCAAGUCUCAUAAAUCCUAAAAAUCAGGAAAUUGGGACUGCUCUGUCUGUGAUAUUGGCAAAUAGAAUUUUGUGUCUGCAAGUGUGAACUGUCAGAUAACUUGAUGCCAAAUGAAACAUGAUGCCAAUUGCAAGAUUCUGUUUGCUUGAAUGAGCUUCAAGACUUUAUAAAGUAUAUGUGUUAUGGAUGGAAUAUAUUGGGGUAAACAAGAUCACCAGAUUCUAGUCUCCUGCAGAAUAAAUCGCUGAUCAUGCAAUGUUUGUAUGAGUCUGCUUAUGGCGCUGGUCAAGAUGUUUUAGAGGUGGGUGUAUGUUCGGUUGUCAUGUUGUACCUUAUUGCAUGAAAUGUAUUUUCCCAUAUAUCUCCCUCAAAGGGGAAAGCUAAAGAUGGAUAAUAACACUGUUAUUGCCUUAUCUGCUGCGACAUUCAAGUAAGCCUACCACACUAUUAAUUUUAAAAAACAUGACCGUAAAUAAAACAGUAACUACCUGGCAAUGUAUAGGUGGAGUUUGAAACAGAAAUGAUUUUUAAAAUUUGUGCUUGUAUUUCAGAUGUUAUAAAGCUUAUUUUUGUACAAAUUGAAAUAUUGUUUGAGGUGCUGAUCUUAAAAACAAGUAUUGUAUACCACAUAGCUUUGUAUUAGUGCACUUAUAACUUUGUUUGGAUUUGUCAACCAAGUUAAAGAAAGCCUUGUGCUGGUUAGUGCAUUCAACAUGAACAAAAUGUCACUUCAAACCUUUCCCAGGUUGGUUCUGAAAAAAAUACCAUCAAACCACGAAACCCAGCAUUUGGGUAACUGGUUUAUAGCAAGGAAGACUAAAGGCAGCAGGACUCUGCCCUCCACAUGCCAUGCUAUAGCAUGAACCACAGCAGUGACUAGGCUUUGGGCCAUAUAUUUACAAUGUCAGUAGAUAUGUACCACAGAAAAUUGAUAUAGGUAGUUAAGUGUGUUUUGCUAAGUAGAACAAGAUUUCUAGCUUGAUUAACCCUCAGUAAUGGAAAAAAAUACAACUGUUUUCCUUUUGUAGAUGUGUAUCACAUUUAUUUAUUGCAUGUUUUUGUGUGCAUCCUAACCUUUUACAAAUAAUUUGUUUAGAAGCAUUCCUUUUAAAAAAUAGCUCCACUGUUGACAUUAUGGAUUAAACCUUUUGGAUAUAAAGAUAUCAUGAUGCAGUUUUAUUAGUGGCAAAUUAUUUACCACAUAUAUCAGCAUAAGAGGUCUUUUUUUAAAUUGCAGGUUUGUACAUAAUAGGUAUUUAUUUAUUUUCCAUUUGUUCCACAUUGAGAUUUGUAUUUUUUCUGAGUGCUUCCUUUACAACAGUUUUGAAGAGAAAUUCACUGCCCAUGUUGGGCUUGCUGGUGCUUAUUAAAACAAAUACUAUAUACUAUAUUUUGGAGGCAUUAAUUUUAGUCUGCUGGAUAUAAGUAUACACACAAGGCUUAAUUUUUUUUCUUUCCUUUUUUUUUUUUUAAAGGAUGCCCAGUUCUACUAAUUCUGUGCUGGCCAUUUUUUCUUUGUUGUUGUUGCGGGUGGACUUGCUUCUGCAGUGUAUAUUCACAGCAGUACUGCUUCUCUCGGCAAGCCAGUGAACUUGUACUUCUACACCGCUAGGCACAGCAUCCAAGAUCAAGUGAAGCCCAACUGGUGUGGGUCUAUGCUAAACAAAGUUGUAAGAGUGAUUUUUUUAUGUAUUGUUACCUCAUACUUUUACAUUGGAUGCUCUUUCACAGAAUUAAAAAAAAUGCACUGCAAGUUUCUGAAUCCCAAAACACACUGAUA